AAAAGUCUCAAAAAGUUAUCUGUAUUCAAUAUUAACAUUGUUUUCAAACACAAGUUUAUUAUUAUUAAUUCAAUCAGAAAAAAUUGACCCUUAUUAAAUUAAAUUUAUAAUAACUGUCUAGAUUAUUUAUUAUAAUAAUGAAUAAAAUACAUUAAAUUAUACCUUAAAAUUACGUUUAAAUAGACAUAACCUAAUAUGAGUUCAAUACAAGAAAGAUUACAGCUGAAAAGGGUCCCAUUAGACACUUGGAUUAUUAGGGAGCAGUUAUGCCUCGCGUCGGCCGUUGUUAGAAGCGGUGACCAGAACUGGAUGUCUGUUUCGCGGGCACUUAAAACCGUCGGGGAACCAAAUCGACCACCAGACUGGUACUCACAAAAGUGCUGUGCAGCGCAAUAUGGUGCGUUAUUAGAACACGUCGAGACACCAAAACGGAAGAAGCGUAGUUCAGAGAGCGCUGUGGAGACACCACAGGAGAGCAUCCUGAAGAGGCUGACACAGGAACGCAUAGUGGAAAUACAAAAGACAUUGGCAGAGUUGAAUCAGCAGUACGAACAGCUCACGAACAUCGUGAACGAAGUGCAUAAUCCGGCGACUUCAGAGGAGCGUCUUCAGGAAAUAUGGGCGUCGAUAGAAGCGUCGAAGCGUGCGAGGGAGCGAGAGAAUGCUAGGCGCGCGGCCUGGCUGAAAGAAAGGGAGGAGAAACGGGCCAGAGCGGAUCGUACUUGGCGACCGCCGCAGCAAACUCCCAGCUCGCCAGCGACAACAGCGCCCCCGUCGUCCCCCCUGCUGACGUCCCUGCUGAAGUCAUCCCCCGUGGUGACGACCCCGCAACACAUCUCACACCCCGCCAAUGUAGUCGAGACAAUAUCACCUUCAGCAACGGCGCCCACCCUGUCGAUGCUGCUGGAGAAGUCUGCGCCAUCAGGUGCCACGCAGCACGAGAGCAAGCACGCCGCGAUAGAGCACAUCAAGAGCCAGCUUGUGCAGUUAGAGCAGCAGCUGAAAGCAAGCACAAGUGCAUCUCCCGUGCCGCUCGCGCCCGCGACCGCAGCGCCCUCUGUCGACAUCGACGACAUAGAGAUCAAAGCAGAAGAUGUGUACGCGUUUAGGGACAUCGAUUUACACAUACCGCCCGUGGCGACCAUGCACAAAACAAAUACUAGGAUUGUGGACAAGCCUGCCUUCAAGAAGGAUGAAACCGCUGAACUGACCCUCGAGAUGCCCAGCUCUGAUGAUCAGAUUGAACAGGAAGUGAAGGAAGAGCCGUCGCAUUCAGACUCGAUUACUGAGGAAGUGGUCACGACGGAAAUUGAAAUGCCGUCACAGGAUGCUGUCCAGACUCCGCCGCCGCCCGAGACGAGUCCAGAGGUCAGGAUCUCGUUCCCGGAGGUGAAGUUCCCCACGCCGGAAAUUAAAGUCAUACAACCAGACGAACAGAAGAUCAAAGAUGAAGUCAGAGAGCCCGAACCGCCUCCGCCGGGGCCGGAGAAGAGUCGACAAGUAGACGAGGUACAAGAAGAUGUAACUGUAUCAUCGGCACAACAACAAAGCGAAGUGCCGGAGCCGCAGCCGGAAGUGACGUCACCACCACUGCCGCCGCCGCCUCCUCCGCCGCCGGCGCAGGAAGUGGUCGCGGAGCCGCCCGCCGAAGAGUUGAUGAUGACCGUGCCGGACCCCGUCGACAUACCCCUGCCCCCGGAUCCAGAGCCGGAAGUCCAGAAUUUGAUAUCAGUGCCUCUACCCGAAGAUGCCCCUCCGUCGAUUGUAGCGGAAAUAAAGGAAGAACGCCCGGAACAGCCUGAAACAGCAGAGACACAGGAAGUAAGCAACGCCCAAGAGAAGAGCACAGAAGACAUCAAGAAGGAGGAUGACGCUGAGGACUCGAUACCUCUCAAGGAUAUAAUGAAGGAAGUCCAUCCACCCCAAGAGGUGGAGGUGAAAGAGGAGAGGGCAGCAGAAGUCGAGGACACUCACACUGAGACCGAUGACGAUACUCCCAUGGAGCUGAGUCGUGAAGAAGAGAAAGACGGUAAGAAGAAGAGGGACUACUCACGAAAGAAGAAGUCCGAUUCUAGAACGUGUUCCGGUUCGGAGAGUGCUGCGGAGGCGAGUGCGCCGGAGUCGCCGAGCGGCAGCGACGCCGAGCGCCAGCAUCGACUGUGGAAGAAGUCAGUCAUGCUGGUCUACAGCAGAUUAUGUGCACAUAAAUACGCCUCGCUGUUCCUGCGGCCGAUCACCGAUGAGGAGGCGCCAGGGUAUAGCCUGGUGGUGAAGAGACCCAUGGACCUAACGACCAUUAGGCGGAACAUCGACGCUGGCAUCAUCAGAACAACGGCGCAGUUCCAGCGGGACGUGCUGCUCAUGCUGUCCAAUGCUCUCAUGUACAACAGCAGCGAGCACAGCGUGUAUGUGAUGGCGAAGGAGAUGCACGAAGAGGCGCAGGGCCAGCUGGGCAUGCUGCUGGCUGCGCAGGCGCACGCCGGCCUGUCAGCGCCCCCGCGCCGCAAGCGGCGGCGGCCCGCCUCGCCGCACCAGCACUCGCGGCCGCGACACAACUGAUGCUCCCAUCCGCCGUAGGCGUAUACAAGGGGCCGGCUGGACCGUGCCCACCCUUACAAUGUCUAGUUCACACCCGAGAAGCAGUGCUUUCAGUUAGCUAAGGAGAUGUUAGAAUAUAUAUAGGAUUUUUUAAGGGAUCAAGUUUUUCUCUGGUAUAUUGAGAUGCAUUUGGUUAUUUAUACAAUAGAUUGGCAAUAAAACAAUGUUUUAUUUAUUUCUCCCUUUGUUAAUAUUCAUGAUAUAUAUAUAUCAAGAUUUUAUAUACAACUUAGAAUGGCAUACAAGCUGACGGCCCACCUGAUGGAAAGUGGUAAUCGUCUCCUAUAGACAUGAGCAGUAGCAUGGACAUAAAAGAGUAUACUGUUUCGCCCAUGAUACCCCCCGUGCGUUGCCAUUCCCGAGGACUCAGGUGUUAUUCCUCUGUACCCUGUAAAUUCACUGCCAUAUCCCACCCUUCAAACUGCAACACAACUGAUUCACGGUAGAAACAUAAAUUACAACAUAAAAACACAAUCACGAGGUAUCAUGGGUAAAAUUACACGAUAUCAUCCCAUGUUAGUAAAUUUAAAAAAUGUCCGAAGUCUUUUUUCUUACAAGAAUCACGUCAAUAGACAUGGAUUUCAUUUCGGUAAUGUCUGCAUUAAAAAAAGAACACCAUGAUCUUAUGGAAAUUUUAAAUUGUAAUCAUUUU